GAGCGCAUGCGCAGUAUCCUCAGUUGGCCUUUUGGUCUUUGAGGCGCUUCUGCUGUGCUGAAAGGUUGUCCGCUGUUUAGCGCUGCUUUACAAGUGUUUUAUGUCUGUAUUCGGCUUCAGGAACCUACUUGGCACUUUACCCUGACCAGAAGAACUUCUGUGACAGUUCGAUGUGUGGACUCGUCCAGCAUUUAUUAUCCAGCACUGAUGUAGCGGUAUUGUGGCAGGAGUCACACACUUUUUCUCUACCUCGGGUCUCCGGUGCGGCACUGCAUGACCUCGGACAAUAGAUAGAGCCACGAGGGGGAAGCUACCCCUUCCUCACCCAGGACCCCUUCCUCUGGACUUGUCUCAAAAGGACUCUUCCUUGGUGCAAGGCUGAAACCUUCUCUGUCAACUCAUCACCAGAGCAAGGAACACCAAAAAUUCAGAAUUGAACGCCUCCACUUGGGCGAGUGGAGGUGUUCAAAUCCACUUAACCUCCUCAGUCUUGAAGCAUAUAUAUAUAUACACACACAUAUUUUUUUCUCCUGGUUGGCUUGAGCCCGGUCCAGCCGGCUGUGUGACUUUUUAAACCUGGGGCGUGAUUCAUGGGAUGCAACCAUGUCGGAUCUCAGUGAGCGCAGGCCGGUCAACACGGACUACGCUGUCUCCCUCCUGGAGCAGCUUAAGUUCUUUUAUGAACAGAAAUUACUGACUGACGUUGUACUGCUGGUGGAGGACACUGAGUUCCCCUGUCACAAGAUGGUCCUGGCCACAUGUAGCUCCUAUUUCAGGGCGAUGUUCAUGAGCGGCCUCAGCGAGAGCAAACAGACCCACGUCCACCUCAGGAAUGUGGACCCGGCCACCCUGCAGAUCAUCAUCACCUACGCCUACACGGGCAACCUGACCAUCAGCGACAGCAUGGUGGAGCUGCUUUACGAGACGGCCUGCUUCCUGCAGGUGGAAGACGUCCUGCUGCAGUGCAGAGACUAUCUGGUGAAGAAGAUAAACGCUGAGAACUGUGUCCGCAUGUUGAGCAUCGGUGACCUGUUCAGCUGCAGCGAGUUAAAGCAGAGCGCCAAGCGCAUGGUGGAGCACAAGUUCCCCAUGGUGUACCGACAGGAGGCCUUCCUUCAGCUCUCCCACGAGCUGUUGAUAGACGUCCUCAGUAGUGACAAUCUCAACGUGGAGAAGGAGGAGACGGUGCGCGAGGCGGCCAUGUUGUGGUUGGAGUAUAACAUGGAGGCGCGCUCGCAGCACCUGUCCUCCGUGCUCAGUCAGAUCCGCAUCGAUGCCCUGUCCGAGGUGACCCAGCGGGCCUGGUUCCAGGGCCUGCCGCCCAACGAUAAAUCUGUGGUGGUGCAGGGCCUCUACAAGUCUAUGCCUAAGUUCUUCAAGCCACGGUUGGGCAUGACCAAGGAGGAGAUGCUGAUCUUCAUGGAGGCCAUGUCAGAGAUGCAGGAGGAGGGCUAUGUGAUGUCCAGCUCGCUGCCUACCACUGUGGUGUGCUACAGCCCGCAGGCAGAGAAGGUGUACAAGCUCUGCAACCCCCCCGGAGACCUGCAGAAGGUGGGAACCCUCGUCACUCCAGACAACGAUGUGUUCAUCGCCGGCGGCCAGAUCCCCUUGAAGAACUCCAUCACUAACCACGGCAAGAGUGGCAAACUACAAGCAGUCUUCCGCUCCGUCGACAGCUUUUUCUGGUUCGACGCGCAGCAGAACGCCUGGGUUCCCAAAACCUCCAUGUUGUGUGCCCGAAUCAAGCCCUCGCUGGUCUACUGCGAGGGCUACAUCUAUGCAAUCGGGGGCGACAACGUAGGAGGAGAGCUGAACAAGCGCACGGUGGAGCGGUACGACUGUGAGAAGGACGAGUGGACCAUGAUGAGCCCCCUGCCGUUCGCCUGGAACUGGAGCACCUCAGUGGUGGCGCACGACUGCAUCUACGUGAUGACCCACGACCUGAUGUACUGCUACUUCCCCCGCGCCGACACCUGGGUGGAGAUGGCCAUGCGGAAAACCAGCCGCUGCUUCGGCUCCGCGGCCGCCUUCGGUGACCUCAUCUUCUACAUCGGAGGCCUCCACUUGGUCAGUAACUCUGGCAUCCGCCUGCCAACCAGCACCAUCGACGGCUCCUCUCUCAUCGUGGAGAUCUAUGAUGUCAACAAGAAUGAGUGGCGCCUGGGCGCCAGCAUCCCUGCCAAGCGCUACUCGGACCCGUGCGUGCGGGCCGUGGUGCUGCUGAACUCUCUCUGCAUUUUCAUGCGUGAAACCCACAUGAACGAGCGUGCAAAGUACGCCAUUUAUCAGUACGACAUCGAGCUGGACCGCUGGUACCUGCGGCAGCCCGUGUCCGAACGAGUGCUCUGGGACCUGGGUAAGGACUUCCGGUGUGCGGUGGGGAAGCUGUAUCCCUCCUGCCUGGAGGAGUCCCCCUGGAAACCCCCCACAUACCUCUUCUGCCCCGAUGGAGUGGAGGAGUUCGAGGUGGACGGGGAGCUGGUGACCCUCCCUCAUGUAUAGCUCUUGACCUCCCCUCCCCUACCUCGCUGACUGAACCAGCAAUCUGUAACACUGAGGGAUGAACAUGACGAGGGCGCCUCUGAUGCUCGCUGUGUUCCGGAGGGAUCUCUGGACUUUGGAAGCCUGCGUUACCUACAGCUGUGGCUGAUGAACGGUGCAGCCAAAAACCAGCUUGGAGCGAAAAGAUGCCUCAAAAAUAUUAGUAAUCUGAAAUGUUUUUCCUUUUUUUUUUUUUUUUCCUUUUGUCAGUUGUGACAUCUGUUAGAUAUUAUUACAGGUAUGUCGUACUGUUUCUACAAUGUGAUAAUCUGAACAACAGAUUGUUUUUGUGAUGAGGAUGAUGAUGAUGAUGAUGAUGCACUUAACCGGUAACUUCUCAGAACGACAAAGGCAACUGUACCAAAAUCCCCCGGCCCCACCCUCCAGUCGUGGCUUCCCCUCUUACCCCUCUCCUAUUUCUCUCACCACUGACGAAAGAAUACUUUACUGUGGUAAACCUGAGUUUGGAGAAGCAAACUCUCUCUGCAGGUUUUGAAACUGAGCUCUGGAAAGUUUGUCAUUGGACCUGGAAAUUCAAAUUAAAACUUUUCAGUAUUUUGCUUAUUAAUGUGUCUGAAUUUUAUAUCUUUAUAUAAUAAGACUAUAUUUUUGGACAGAAUUACCAGCAUUCUUGAAGCAAAUAAGACAAAUGCAUCCUGUCCUUUUUGAAGAGCUGUUUAGUUGUGGUUAAACACAUCCAAUCCUUUGCCCACUCGAUUGUUCUGCAGGUUAUUAUCUGCACUACUUUUGAUUCUGGGGCUCCUACAUCUACCAGCAUCCACACCAGCUUACAGUCAGCUACAAACCUCUCAGAGCCACCUUCAAAGCCAACAGAGGAAAGUGUCUGAUGUUCAGUAACAGCAUUCUAGGGUGGAGUAUUCCUUUACAGGAUUCAUCUGUUUGUUUUUUCUAAUGGCCCUGCAGACGAGAAUAGCAAGGGUCUUGGUUGGGGGGCAGGGGGUCUGACAGGGAAAGGUGGAGAGGGUUUCAAAGAGGGUGACUGCAGGUCCAGUCACCCGUCGCCUCUCUGCCCUCACCCGGUCCUCCACCCUGACUCGGCUACAGCACCUCCAUAGCCCGUCGGUCUGUUUGCACAUAGGUCUUCCACUCAACCAGCAGUUUACACCUCACUUCAUCCAUCGUCAUAUGGUCACCAUGUUUUACUUUCCACAAGGUUCUCUGCAAAUACACACAACUACCCUCUCAGUACAAACAUAGAUUUCAGGCUCAUGCAUUUUUUUAUUUCCAAGCUGCUGAAGUAUAUAAAUAUAUAUAAAUAUAAAAUAAAAUAUAUAUUUUUCAUAUGUUUAAAGGAUAACUGUUUUAGUGUGGGGAAAAUAACCAGGUCUAUUUUGUAUUAGUGUCUUUUUUAAUUUAAUAUCAGACAUUACUGUAGUGUGAUUGUGGGUAGAUGUCAAUUUUCCUAUCUGGUUAAAUUUGAGUGAAUAUUAAGGAUUCUUGCUGCUGAUUGGUUGUGAGAGGAGAGGGCUGGCCCAGGGCUGUUGUUAUGGAAAUCGUCCCAGCAACCACUAGCAGUAGUGGAGGGGGGCGGGUUGGGGAGCGAAGGGGUCUUCCUCCUACCUUAAAACAUGAGCACAGGUGCUUCAUGAUAAACCUUACUAGCAUGUUUGGCUGCAUCAUAUUCCUUCGGCACUGUAUUUUGAAUGAACGUUAAUUUAUUAAAAAUAUACCAAAAACGUUCCUGAAA